AUGGAGGCAGCAAAUUCACCCUGCUCUUCCAAGAAGCUGGGCCCUGGCAGGAGACGAGGGUGGCUGCCACAGAGGCUGAGCAGUGAGAACGAGCCCCAGGAGAGAGCGCUGCCGGGAGACCAGAGAGGCCUGGACGGCAGGGAGCAGCCUCGGUCAGCGGAAGAUGCCCUCGAGAGGGUAAGUGACCUGCCCAAUGACCAAGAGCAGGGCGCCCUGUGCACCUCCCCCAGGCGAUACUGCCUCUCUGAGCUUGGCUCUCUGGCCCCUCGAAGAAAAGGUGAGCAGCCUGUGGCACAGACUUGGGACACUUGGAAGGUUCUGUGUGAGUGGGAACUAGAAGCCAGUGGAAAGAAUACAGAGCCUCAAGCACAGCAUCCAAAGAGGCAGCAGCCCGCGGACGCCCGGCCCUCCGGACGCGUGCGUCACCGCGCCCCAGCCCCCUCCCGCCCCCGGCACGUGACUCGACACGCGCCAGCUGCACGCGGGCUCCAUCAAAACAAAAACAGAGAGGGCCGGCCGGCCGGCCUGGCGGCGGGGAGCGCGCGGGGGCGGCGGGCGCGCCCCCGCUGCCGCUGCCCGGCGCCGCGGCCGCGCCUUCGCUACCCCGAGCGCCGCCAAGGCCGCGCGCCCCGACCGGCCGGGGGCGGGAGGGCAGAGGGCACCACCCUGUUUACAGCCCUCGCUCCGGGCCGGGGACCCCGCCCGGAAACGGUCUCCUGGGAAAGGGCCCUGGAGUGCGCACCCACCCGCGGCCCGGACGUCGGCGUGGCGUGGGAGGUUCGGGCCGCCGCUCGGAAUAAAGCCGCGUCGCCACGGAGCUGGGGCCCCGGGCCCGCGCGAGUCUCCGCUCCUCCUCGGCGCGCCGCCCACGGCUGCUUCGUGUCAGCCCCCGUCACGACUCUGCUACGCACUUCACCCCCCAGCUCUCGGCUCCGGCGCUUCCGCAGACCCUCCUCACGUGGCCGCCUCCUCCCGGCCCCUUAUACUCCCCGGCGACCGGGCUGCAGACCCUCCUGCACUUCGGGACCCCGCGCUGUUCCUACCCCGGGGAGGGGGUAUAUCGCCCGUCUCGGACCCCCCCCCCAUCUUCCGCCGCGGGAGGGAGGGUAG